UCAUUGAUUGGGGAGGGGGGGCAUUAAAAGAGCUCAAGUUCAGCCAGAAUAGGAAUGCAUCCAUUUGAGUCCUUUUUGAGAAAAAACCUGCUCUGGAUGCAACGCAGACAAGAGUUGAGUCCCAAUUGGUUAAUUCACGAACCAGUCAGGGGUUGGACGAGACCAGUGGUUCUCAACGGGGGGGUUGGGACCCAAAAGUUGGUUGCAGAUCCAUUGUGGGUGUUAUUUUGAAGUCAAUUUAGCAAUAUUUUAGUCAUCUUCCUCCUCAUGGCAAAGUUAUUAGUUUCGAUGUCAUGUUCUUCCUCUAAAAGACACUUUCACAUGUCAUUAUGUCUAUUAAUCGCUCUGAAGAUGACAAGUGAUUUACAAAGCAAAGACUGUACAUACGCUUGGUUUGACUUAAAUAAAGUAUAGAACAUAUAAACACAACUAAUGAAGGGAUAAAGAAAUAAAUAUAAAACCGACAAUGACAAAAGUGUAAAUAAUAUACGGUAGAUAGAAUAAUGAAGAAAUUAAAUAAAUAUAGACAUGACAAUAAAAACCAAUAGGAGGAGGGCAUUGGCACACCAAUUCCGCCCACUCGUACUGUAUUUAAGGCCUAGGCUACCAGCACUUGUUAGUUCGCUGACGAAGCUCUUCGGAUGAGGAGCGAAACGUCCGACACCUUCUUCACAGAAGUACAGAUGACGUCUAAGAAGCCUUUCCAUCGUAUGACAAUAAAAAGCGUAAAAAAAUUCUAAAUUCUUUCAAAAUUGUAAAAAUAUAAAUAAAAUAAUGAAGGAAUUAAAUAUAAAAAUGACAAUGACUUAAAUAAAAGUGUAAAAACUAUAAAUAAAAUAAUGAAGGAAUGAAAUAAAUCUAAAAGUGACAAUGACUUCAAAGUAUAAAAAAUGACAAAAACUAAAAAUGACUCAAGUGUAAUAUAUAUAUAUAUAUAUAUAUAUAUAUAUAUAUAUAUAUAAAUAAAAUGGAGUUUAAUAAAUAUAAAACUGACAAUGCCAAAAGUGUAACAAAUACAAAUAAAAUGAAAGAAUUUAAUAAUUUAAAAAAUGACAAUGAAUAAAAGUGUAAAACAUAUAAAUAAAAUCAUGAAGGACUUGAAUAAAUAUAAAAAUGACAAUGACCUGAAAGUGUUAAAAAUAAUAAGAAAUAUAAAUGACUUCAAUAAAUAAUGAAGGAAUGAAAUAUAAAUAUGUAAAUUGACUUCAAUAAAAGUGGGUUGCAACUUGAUGACCAUUGGAAAAUGAGGGUCCCAGGUUGAGACCAUUUGAGAACUCCUAGACUAGAGGACUUUUUGGACACGUCUUUGCUUCAGAGGCCCUCUCUCAGGUCCAGCGUCAGUGGCCUCUGACCCCGUCUGGAUGAAUGGACAAUGGACGCACUCCAAGAUCUCAAUGUAUUGGUUAACAGCCCCCAAUGUGACUGACGCCUUGGAGUUGCACACGGCUUCACUACUAGCACCAACUCACUUCUGCGGUAUUACCUUUGCAAAGGUAGAAUUUCUGAUAAGAUCGCCCGGGUGUGCCUAAUGAAGUGGCUAAAGUGAGUGUCUGUUUCCAGCCACUUCCUAUCAGCGCUGGCCGUGUAAUCGUAGAAGUUUCCGUGGCCUAUUUAAGCUUAUCGACGGUCGGCUCUCUCUCGGUUGGUUUCCAGGGUGCCGCUUGUGCGACAACAAUAACACACACUGGCCUGCCCUUGAUGUGACACAACACACACACACGUGAGCUCAUGCAUUGUAGACAAGAUUGGCAGCUGACACCCCCCUGCAGAACUACAAAACCACACUAUCCCUUUCACUUUUACAGACAUUGAAACACUCCCGUACAAACACUAAAAUAAAUACUGUGAAAGAACGCUUAUUUAGAUCUGAAGCAACAUUACGAAACCUCCUGAUGCUUGUCAGGAGCUUUCCAGUCAAGCAGAACAAUCACACUAAACUACAUGCAACUUACCUGCUGGUGAUGAUACAAAACUCCAAUUGACGGAUGGCUGACUUUACACACGCCUCCUCGCAUUAGUUCCCUGCUCCUCUCAACUCCCCAUCUCCUCACUUCUUUCUCUCCCCGCCUCCUCUCUCUUCCCUCCUGCCUUUAAGUGGUGGCAGGAUUCCUCUCAUAUCUGGGAUUUGUUCUCACUAUAAAUAGACGAGUGAUACACGCGGAAGGGACAUGCUUUCCAUCCCAACACACACGGACGCGCUCAGAGACGGACCACUGCAUAGUCAAAUAGUGUCACUGCACUUGACUCUCCUUCAUUUGAAUGUUUUUUGUUUUUGUUUUGGUGAGAGUAAAAUGUUCUUAUAAAUGAACGACGUAGGCUGCAAUACCAGACUUGGUUGAAAAAAGUGACGAUUUAAGCAAGGCAUUCUGCCUGGACUGCGUCGAAACACAACCUAAAAUGCUCUUGAGGUUGGUGACAAAAAUGGCACUGCCCUAUUUCUGCACUGACACACACUCAAACCUGUUCACACACACACACACACACACACACACACACACACACACAUAUUCUUGUUAAAUCCAUCAAUAGUGCAGGUAAAUGUGUGAAAGGUGUGUGACUGCCCUCUUACCUCCUGGCUGCUGUGCCCUGCCUGCACUCUCUGUCAGGUUCUCUUCAGCUACCUGACCUGUUUCCACCUGUCCCGAUUGGCUCUGAGGGACGCAGUGCUCCUCCUCCAGCACCCGUGUUUCAAAAGAAGAAUGACUUUUAAGUGUGUGUGUGUGUGUUUCUUUGCAUGCAGAUGUCUAUUUUCUGUCUGCUUUCUUUUUAUUCCUAUUCUCUGUAGAGUAAUUUGCUUUUCCAUCAUCAUUACCAGGAACUUUUAUGACCAGGACAUUUUUGUAAUAUUGUGUUUUUUUGUUUUGUUUUUCCCCUGCAAAUGCGCUUAGUAGAGUUCACUUCGCCUCAUAGCUUCUCUUCUUUUGCUCCAUGUGACAAAUGAAGCUUGUAAAAGUUUGGUAGCUUAAAUAUAGCAUAGACGCACCAUAAGUGUGUUCCACCGAUCAGAAUUCCUCAGCACAAAUGCCGUUUAAAACUACUGCUUCUCGGUACAUUUUAGUAUUCGUUCUAUUUUUUUAACCCAGAUAAAUUUGGUGGAAAUUUGAUGGGUUUUCAAAAUCCCGGGUAUAUGAAGGGCUUUUAGGUUAUGUACAACUAAAAUAUCUAACCAUGAGAUGCCAUGAUCGAUGUAAAAACUAAUGCAUGGUUGUCUACUCGUCACUGCAUGUUUUCACUGCACUAUUACGCCUGUGCACUUCUGUGGUUAAACACUUGAUAGCAGUAGCGAGCUAUUCAACUGCAGCUGAUCGUUCAGAAAAACGAUGAAGAAAACCCGCGACGCUACACGGAAGUAUAUUCAAACUGCUAUAUCCUUCUCACAUAAUACUGGAUAAAACCUUCAUUUGGUGGAGUCAGUGUUAUAACGGAUAGUGUUUGAGACUUAAAGAGGCGUUGGGUAACUUUGCGUCCUGCGUUCGACGGGUGUCUGGAGCGAUGGAGGCAUCCCAGUGUGGUUGACAACGGUAUCCCCGGAGCUGUUGCACCAUGAUCCCGGUGUCUUUGCUGGUGUGCGUGAUGGCAGCCUGGAGUGCUGUGUACCUCGCAGACACACUACUGAGGUCGUCGCCCACACAUCGGAUCAGCUAUGAGUCUUGGCUGGCCAGACGAGGUCUGAUGCUGUCUCCGUUCCACGUGAGGUGGCAGACCAGCAUGUUCAACCGACUGUUUGCGUACUGCGCACGCAUACAGCCGCGAGCGCUCUACCUGUGGUUCAACAGCGGUCUGGUGUUCGGGCUGGUGGCCAUGUUGGCGUCGGUGGUGCUGCUAGUGAAAACAUUACAGCAGACCCUCGCCCAGAUGACCACCGACAACCCUCGCAUGGGCGCUCAGCAGGCUCUGCAGGUGGUGGUGCCCGGCGUCAACCUUCCCACCAGUCAUUUGGCGUACUUCUUCCUCGCCCUGCUGCUCAGCGGAGUCAUACACGAGCUGGGCCAUGCAGUGGCAGCACUGAGGGAGCAAGUACGAGUGAACGGCUUCGGCAUGUUUGUGUUUGUGGUCUACCCCGGCGCCUUCGUGGACCUCUUCACCACACACCUGAACAUCGUGUCGCCCACACAGCAGCUUCGCAUCUUCUGCGCCGGAGUGUGGCACAAUUUUGUGCUGUGCGUGGCGGCGUUGGCGUUCCUCUUCCUGUUGCCGCUGUUCCUAUUCCCUUUAUACACUAGCGGCGUGGGGGCUCUGGUCACUGAGGUUGCACCGGGCUCUGCUGCCGACGGACAGCGGGGCCUCUCCGUGGGGGACAUCGUGACGGGCCUGGAGGAGUGUCCCGUCAGUGGGGUGGAGGACUGGAGCAGGUGCCUGUCUCACCUCUCUCACACGCCACAGACGGGAUACUGCGUCCCUGCUUCCAGCCUGCAGCCCAGCUGGGCCCACGGACGAGCGUUCAAGCGCCUGGAUGGGACGAUGGACUGCUGCAGCAACAACAGCCUGACGGACCUCUGCUUCUCCUACAUCAAACCACAGAGCCGCGAGAGAGAGUAUGCUUGCAUGCCGGUGCGCAAGAUGGUGACGGGCACCCAGGUGUGUCACAGUGAUCGCGACUGCAACGCUCACACCAGCCUCAGCGUUUGCGUCACACCCUCCCUAGAGAACCAGACCCGAUUCAUCCGGGUCACACAUCCCCCCGCUGCACACAUGCUGUUUGUGGGGUACCCGCCGCAUCUUCAGCAGGCCGUGAGUCUCACCAACUUUGUGCCCCGCUUUGGUUUUCUCCACUUGGACCUGCCGGUCUUCUUGGAGACAUUCUGCAAGUAUGUAUUUUCCCUCUCGGGCGCCUUGGCUGUGGUCAACUCUGUGCCGUGCUUCGCUCUGGAUGGCCAGUGGAUGCUCAACGCCUUGCUGGAGGCCACGUUGGUCAACGUGGUGACGGACCGCCAGAAGCGCGAGCUCAUCGGCUUCUUCCUGCUGCUGGCCGGCAGCGCCCUACUGGCCGCCAACGUGGCGCUGGGUCUGUGGAUGGUCACGGCGCGGUAGCCGUGACGGUCCGUCUCUAUGCGGAAAUGACCAAAAAAAAAAAAAAACCUCGGAUGCUAGCCUGUGGACCGCUAAACUGUGAAAACACUGCAAUACCCAGCAGCCCCUAGGUUUGCCUUUUAUACUGUAGUGCAACCACAUUGGACAAAAAAAACAAACGAGAAGCACACGUGCGAGUUAAAAUGCUGUAUGUAAGAAUGUGAACAUGGGUAAUGUAUCUAAAUGUCUCAUUUUGGGUCAUUCAUUGAUCUACAGGAGACCCAAAACAACGAGAAAUUGAUUCAGCUCCGGUCCCUCCCCUUCUCUCUUCAAUUGCCGUUGUUCACUUGCAUCACAAUCCAGGUUUAAGCGCUAAAUAUGCCUCACACACGUUUUAAACACAUUCAAGUAUAAAAUGUACAAGUAGCCACCACUAGUGAGUGAUAAUGUAUGAUGAUCCAUGCACAGCACACAACCAAGGGGUGUUCAAGGACUGCCGAACAAAGUGUGAAAUAUCAAUGCGCGAUGAAAAAACUGUGAGGCAUAAAGAUGUAAAAAUUGUGCCUGAAUGCUAUACAUUUGACCUGUUAUCACGUGUUUAUAAAUUAUUACCAAAUGAUGGUGGAUGAGAUGCGUUUGCGUUGGGAAAAUGGCCUUUUUUGUCUUUUUUCUUUUUUUUUUUGUAAAAAUGUUCCCUAUAUAUUUUUUUUAAAUCAAAAAUCUGAAUGUGUGAGGAUCCACUAUCAUGUGAUUUAGUUUUUUUGCCCCCCCCCCCCCCCCCCCAACAAGGUUAAUCAUCACUGUCCAAUGAAAAGCAAGUACCUUCAAUGUUCUUUUUCACCCUAAAACACAAUGCUAAAUUAUUUUGAGGGUUUUCAGAUGCAUGUUUUUCAUUUUUUUACAUUGUGUUCUUCAUUUGGCUUUGUUUUCUUAUAAGUGUAUGUUUCUUUCCCUUUCCAACAAGAAUCGAUGACGAUGAAUCAUUUAAAAACAAAAAAUGUAAAAAAUAAAAAAUUGGGUUUAUUGGGCUUGUGGUGAAAUUUCAGGAUGAACCUAAAAUGCACCAAAAGAGGAAAAAAAAGGGGAACAAUGUUGAAUGAAUCCUUGUCUUAUAGUGCUUUAAAAAAUGUUUUUCAUCGUCUCUGUCCGUCUUUCACAGUGUUUGAGAUGAUGCUCCCAAAUAAAGUAGUCACUGUUAGACGUCAGGUUUCAUUUGUAGAGGACAUGGCGAUGUUCCCGCACGUAUAAAUUUGUGGGUCCUUCAGCUUUGUUGUCCCCCCCCCACCCCCCGCCCCCGUCAACAGGUUAAACACUGGACACGCAUCCAAAUCAUAUUGCAGAAGGACACGUAAAGAAUCUCAGUGUUUGUGUUCAGAUUACAUUGGAAGACUGAUUUGUUUCCAUCUCACGCUUGUGUGUUUGCUUGUCUCACACUCAUGACCCGCAGGGUGUUUGGCCAAACAUGCAUGGGACGAUGAUGAGGCAGAGGACAGACAGACUAGGAGGAAAUCGAGCUGCUCAAACUCAAGGUAGGAACCCCAAAGCGUUUUUUAUGUCCUUUUGUGAGACUUUAGAUGUGUGUAUUUUUAAAUAAAAAUGUGGGUGGAAUGGCCUUUUUGAGCUGCUACUGUAUGUCCCACCAAAUGAAUGGACAUAAAAUGAAACAAACUUUACAUGGCAACCACUCAUUCAACCUAAUUUAUGACUUUGGUAAGAAAGGCGGCCUUUCUCACACAUUAUUUUUUUUUACUAUUCUGGCUGUAUGAUUGUCAUCUCUUCACAUUCAUGCCGUGUAUUCUCUAUGUGACGACAACAAGCCAGGCCCUCCCUCAUCGCUUGAUGGAUGUUUUCGGCAGCACAGGAAGUCUAUAAAAGGACUCUGCAGGCGACGCCCCAAACCCUAAUGAGCACAUGUAGAAACAGUCCUCGCCACAAUAGGAUAGGGAGAACGGGGUGGGGGGUUGUUAUUGGGAAGACCAAUCAUGGGACCUUUGGUGUAAUGUUUGCUCUCUUUUGAAAAUGGCUCCAUAGUGUAGAGUUUUUCAACAAAUGUAAAUAAGUGGCAGAGGUCUGACAAUACUGUAUUGGAAGCGUGUUGACCUCGAUGCUGGAAAUAAGACUGUUUAAGAGUGCUUUUAGUAACACGCCCUUUUGUGUGUCUGUAGCUUGAAUGCUAAUAAGUGAGUCUGUCUUCAAGAGAGCUGUGUCUCCACCCACUUUUUACAGAUACACUGUACCUCCUCACUUGUCCAAGGUAGUAAACGCCAUAUAUCGUAUUCAACAAUGCACACGCAUGACUCGUUUAUUGUGCUUAUUUGGUUCCAGACCCAACUGUUGUGAGUUUUUGCGAGGUAGGUUUCCUUAUAUAUGUAAAUGAAAUACACUGCUCAAAAAAAUUAGAGGAACACUUCAAAAACACAUCAGAUCUAAACUGGGGGUAAAAUGAUCUUGAAUAUCUUUCCUGAUAAUAAGUGGGUGAUGUCUUAGUAACAAAAUGAUGCCACAUCAUUUGAUAGAAAUGAAAAUGAUCACCCUAUAGAGGG